AUUGACUUCCACAUUGGCCUCAACCUUUCCGAAGAGUAUCGUGUUGCUCGUAUAGCUCCAAUCAAGAUCUCAGAACGAUUUAUGGAGAUCUUUCUCAAAUUUCGUUCCGCAUUGAAGUUUUUGAGAUACAGUUUUGCAGACAAGAAAUCUUCAGUCAAAGCUGUUAACAACCCUUCGUGGAUAGAAGUGUCUCCGCAAUGUUGUACGACGAAUGAUCCUGAACAACAUGCAAUAGAGCAAGCGGCGUGGCUUGGAGUGGGAAAUGCACGCUCAUUAGCGCAAUUAUUUGAUCUGGUAAUACAAGUAUUUUUGGGAAAGUAG